GGAAGAAGGGGUGGGGAAGAGGGGAGGAGGAGGAGAAGCAGAAGCAGCAUCCCUUGGCAGGCGAAAUAUGCAUGCUCUAAGCAAGCUCUGAGAGAAUGGCUGUGGAAGCUAUCCAUUGCAGUCUAAAUCCAAAUGGUAUCGAUCUCGCCGUCCACACGGAAGGAAUUAACCUGCAACUUGAAGGCGAGAGAGUGGACUCAUCCUCCCAUAAGAAGGAGAGCUCUUCUAAGUUGCUUGAGUCCAAAGGAACGCCCAAGAGACAGCACGGGGAGCCAGAAUCAUCUAAGUCUAAUAUUGUGAAACUGACCAAGCCGGUGGCGCUGUGGACCCAGCAGGAUGUGUGCAAGUGGCUGAAGAAACACUGCCCUAAUCAGUAUCAAAUCUACAGUGAGUCAUUCAAACAGCAUGACAUAACUGGCCGUGCGCUGCUCAGGCUGACAGACAAAAAGCUGGAGCGGAUGGGGAUUGCUCAGGAGAGCUUGCGGCAGCACAUCCUGCAGCAGGUCCUCCAGCUCAAGGUGCGCGAGGAAGUCCGAAACCUCCAGCUGCUCACGCAAGAUCUUGCAUCCAUGUGUUAACAGCAGGCAUCGACUUAGAAAAAGACACUCCCUUCUAUCACAGCCUCGGCAGAGAGCUCUUCGUAAACCGUUGCCAGCCUCUGAAGCUGCCGCCCUGCCAGAUGAUUCCGAAAUGAACUUUUUUCUUCACAAGAAAUCAAACAGAAAUACGGCAUGAAGCGAUGGCACUGCCAAAAGAAGACCGCUCUCGAGAACUGGAGGAGUAGCCAAAGCCCAACCCGUCUCAUCAACGAGAUAAAACAUGAAGAAUCUUCGUUUGCUCGGGGGAUUGAAAUAAUGGUGCUGACUUCUCCGGCUUGUCAUUGGUGGACGCUUAAUGCUGGAAAACCUGCUUCUGAUACUCAUCACUGUGCAUAAACUCUGUGUUCCCAUCAGGGAACUCUCUGACCUUCACUAAAAGUUCUGGGGAUUCCGUUUUGGGGUUUUUUUGGGGGGGAGGGGCUGUUCUUUAGCAUGACAAUACUGGAUUAUAUUAUGUAUGCAGACGGCAUGAUGUUUAUGGGAUGGGUUGGGCGGGAAGUUCCAUCUCUGCGAAUUCACUGGAAAUGUUCACGAUUAUCCUUGCUCCCUGAUAGGAAUGUCGGCAUAUCCUGUAUGUGUUAGUGAUGCAGCUGAAUGGUAAAUUCCACCCUAUGGUA